UCUGUUUCUGUCGUCCUUGUCCCGCUGCUCCGCGCCCCGCGCUGGACGUCCACUCUCUCCGCCCGUAGUUCUGUCCCUCAGGAGGGCGACCAGACAGGCGGCCGAGAGCUCAGCGACUCCCGAGGCCUGGGGGGUUGGGACGACUAUGUGGCCGCUGCACGUUUAUACCCGCAAGAAGCGGGCUGGCCAGAGGCUCAACGUCACGCCGACGCCGGACCCGGGCGUCUCCGCAAUGGCCGACGCUCCGCUGGGCGGGAAGGAAAAGGGCCAAGCGCAGGGGUUGCCGAAGAUCGCAGAGAAAGCCGAGCGGAGCAAGCAGGGAGGUAGCGGCUCUGGGCCGCCGAGCACUCAGCUGAUAGUUACAGGAGAGAGAGGCCUGCAAGAAAAUAGUGCUAGUGAAGAGACCCAGGAUGAGAAGAUGGCUUCAGUGAGUGAAUCAGUGACUGACGACCCUCUGAUUGGAAGUAGUUCGUCCAAUAGUGGACUAGUAUCAGGACUAAAUUUGCAGCAUAUUUCCAGUUCUCUUCUGAGCUAUUCAGUCACUGAUUCUUCUUCAGAAUAUGAGAGUUAUGAAGAGAGUUUAAGUAGCUUUCCAUCACCUGAACUGUUCAGAGGAUCAGAUUAUUUAGAUUGGGAGUGUCCGAAGUUAAAAGAACACAUGCAUUACAAGAAUUCCACUCUUCUGGAUACCAGUAAAGCAGCAGCAAUAGAAAAGGUGCCACAGUUUUCAAACAUCUCUGCAAUUUUAAGUGCCUCUUCAGAAGACUACCAGAAAUGCCAUAGAAAAAUAGUGAUGACAUCAGCAGAUCAAAAGAUUUCUCCAGGGCCAAAUUAUACUACAAAUUCAGAACCAGAUAACACAGCUUGUGAAGUUUUACUUGAUCAGAAAACUUUUCCUUCAAUCGCUGAAAAGACAAAGAAAAAAUUCAAAGAAGAUUCUGAACAUAGGGAUACAAAUUUUCAAUCAAAGCUAAACUCUCAUCUAAAAAUCAAGGUGCCGUCUUCUCACCGUAGUUCUGCUCAUAAGAGAGAUGCGGGUAGAUCCAAUAAAGUUCCACCGUGUCAGCCCCUGGAACCUGCACUGAAAACGAAUUCCAGUACUCCAGAUAAGAAAAGCCGAGGCCUGUUAACAAGUACUCCAUCUUCAGAGACAGCUGGUUUUGUGAUUGAUUUAUCCUCAGUGCAAAAAGCGUCUCUUGAAGAACUAUUUCCGAAUGUCAGCAAUUAUGUUAAUUCAAAUGAAAUUGUUCCUGUGUCAAGUUUGCAAGAAGAUUCUUCAAAUGAGUUUCCUUCAAAUGCAUCAGAAAUAUGUUGUAUUAUUAGAGCAUCACCAGGAACUAGGCAAGUGAAAAGUAAAGGUGUUAUUGUAAAAAAGAAGAAAUAUUCUCCUCCUAAAGAUAUUCCUCAAGUUUAUCACAGAGAACUUCCCCAUGUCAAUACAAGUAUAGGCUGUGAGAAGGAAGGUAAAGUAGUGAGAGUGGGGGCCGUGAGUAUGUGGGCCGCUUCUCACAUUACUCGUGCCUUCAGGGCCUAUUCUGUCUAUCUCAAUUCUUCACUGGAGUUCUGUGUAACAGGUAAUUCUACAACAAAAAUUCAGAACCAGUACCACAGGCCAAUUAGGCCAAUUUUAGGAAAAACUGACUCCACCCUAGAUUUCCUGGCACAAGAUGUGGGGAAGUCCCCAGAAUCUUGUUUGGAAAGAACUGGGUUCAACUGCAACCAAGAGUAUGAGUACAAAGGAAGGGCAGGUGGUGGAAGAUAUUAUAAUAAAAACAAAUGGCAGAAUGUAACGGCUGUGGCUGAAUUUUCACUAUUUGGAAGACAUGAAUGUGAAGUCAAAGUCCAUAAAGCAGAACGUCUGCCUGAAAUUGUAUGA